AUGAGCAGAACAGAGAUCGUCCAGAAAUUUCUCCAAGCUGCUCAUGUAGCCCCUGAGAUCUUCCAACUACGUCCUGAUUACCGCGCCCUCUUAAUUGUUGUGGAAGGGAUCCCUCCAGGGCCCAGCGAUGAGUUCAGCGAGGCCCUUCUCCACGACGCCGAAUUAACAGUCAAACAACUUCUAUCCAAAUCCCCCAUCGUGGAUUUCCCACAUAUUGCCGCAUGGCGCGACACAUACAAGGCCUUUGGAGCGAAACCAAAUAAGACCCGCAAUAGCCUAGAGGCCCUCACUCGCCGCGCAGAGGCAGGCCUGCCGCGUGUUAAUCGCUUGACCGAUAUCUACAACGCUGUCUCAGUCAAGAAUCAGAUCCCCCUGGGCGGCGAGGACCUGGAAAAGUACAAUGGUGCACCGCUAUUAGUUCGCGCCACUGGUGAGGAGCCGUUUCUGACAUUUUCUGGUGGCGAGCCCCAAAUGGAACUCGCAGCUCCUGGAGAGCCGAUAUGGUGCGACGAGACUGGUAUCACUUGCCGGCGGUGGAAUUGGCGACAAGGCCCUCGCACAGCUUUGACUGACGAGACUACUCGUGUACUGUUCAUUCUAGACGCAUUAGAGCCGCUUUCUUACGAUGCACUCCUCAAGGCAGCUGAUGAGCUUGUCUCGGCAUUGAAACAGCUGUCUCCAGAUGUGAAAAUAUUUCACCGCCUCAUUGGCGCCUCGGCCCCUGAUCAUACUGUUUUGUGA